UCUCCGUAGUGGUCGGGUGUAAGCAGCGGCUGGAGCUCCGGCCUUGUCUCCUAACUCCCUGUCUGAGGGAAACUUUCCUCCGUGCACACAGCCGCCUGCGGCGGGGACUUGGCGCGCUCUUCCUCUCUGCUCCGGUACCUGCUACGUGGACAGGAACCAAAAGGAAAGUGAGGCAGCCGGGCCCGGGGUGUCUGAAUCCCUCCCGGGGGAUGAGCGGCUCCCGUAAUAACCGGGUUAUGGUGGAGGGGGUCGGGGCCCGUGUGUCUAGAGGUCCGGACUGGAAAUGGGGGAAGCAGGACGGCGGAGAGGGACAUGUCGGCACAGUGCGCAGCUUCGAGAGCCCGGAAGAAGUGGUGGUCGUGUGGGACAACGGAACCGCGGCCAACUACCGCUGCUCCGGGGCCUACGACCUGAGGAUCCUGGACAGCGCGCCCACCGGUGUGAAACAUGAUGGAACGAUGUGUGAUACGUGCCGACAACAGCCCAUUAUAGGAAUCCGGUGGAAGUGUGCCGAGUGCACAAACUAUGACCUGUGCACCGUUUGCUAUCACGGUGACAAGCAUCACCUCAGGCAUCGCUUUUACAGAAUUACGACCCCAGGAAGUGAGCGUGUCCUCUUGGAGUCCCGACGGAAGUCAAAGAAGAUAACUGCAAGAGGAAUUUUUGCUGGUGCUAGAGUAGUGCGAGGAGUUGAUUGGCAGUGGGAAGACCAAGAUGGAGGCAAUGGCAGGAGAGGCAAGGUAACUGAGAUCCAGGAUUGGAGUGCAUCAAGCCCACACAGUGCUGCCUAUGUCCUUUGGGACAAUGGAGCUAAAAACCUUUACAGAGUUGGAUUUGAAGGCAUGUCUGACCUGAAAUGUGUGCAAGAUGCCAAAGGAGGUUCAUUUUACAGAGACCACUGUCCAGUCCUGGGUGAGCAAAAUGGUAAUCGUAACCCUGGAGGCUUGCUUAUUGGAGACCUUGUAAAUAUCGAUUUGGAGUUGGAAAUUGUCCAGUCGUUGCAGCAUGGCCAUGGUGGAUGGACGGAUGGCAUGUUUGAGACAUUAACAACCACAGGCACUGUCUGUGGCAUUGAUGAAGAUCACGAUAUUGUUGUGCAGUAUCCUAGUGGAAACAGAUGGACUUUUAAUCCAGCUGUUCUUACCAAAGCCAGUGCUGUCCGAAGUGGAGACGCUGCGCAAGGUGCUGAGGGAGGGACCUCGCAGUUUCUAGUGGGGGAUCUUGUACAGAUAUGUUAUGACCUAGAGAGAAUAAAACUACUUCAAAGAGGUCAUGGAGAAUGGGCAGAAGCCAUGCUUCCUACUCUAGGUAAAGUUGGAAGAGUCCAGCAGAUUUAUUCAGACAGUGACUUGAAAGUGGAAGUUUGUGGAACGUCGUGGACCUAUAACCCAACUGCUGUUUCCAAGGUGGCUUCUGUAGGAUCAGCAAUAAGCAGUGCAACUGGAGAGAGAUUGUCACAACUCCUAAAGAAACUGUUUGAAACACAAGAAUCUGGCGAUCUUAAUGAGGAGCUGGUGAAAGCGGCUGCAAAUGGCGACGUAGCUAAAGUAGAGGACUUGCUGAAGAGGCCAGAUGUUGAUGUGAAUGGGCAGUGUGCUGGACACACGGCUAUGCAAGCAGCCAGUCAGAAUGGACACGUAGACAUCUUGAAGUUACUUCUGAAGCACAGCGUUGAUGUGGAAGCUGAGGAUAAAGAUGGAGACCGUUCAGUGCAUCAUGCGGCCUUUGGUGACGAAGGAUCUGUGAUUGAGGUGCUACACAGGGGUGGUGCAGACUUAAAUGCUCGGAAUAAGCGGAGACAAACACCACUCCAUAUUGCUGUGAACAAAGGCCACUUACAGGUUGUGAAAACACUUCUGGAUUUUGGAUGCCAUCCAAGCCUUCAGGAUUCAGAAGGUGAUACUCCUCUGCAUGACGCCAUCAGCAAAAAGCGGGAUGAUAUUUUGGCGGUGUUGUUAGAAGCUGCAGCCGAUGUCACCAUUACAAAUAACAAUGGAUUUAAUGCUCUUCAUCACGCCGCCUUGAGAGGAAAUCCCAGUGCCAUGCGUGUGUUGCUUUCAAAACUGCCUCGGCCGUGGAUAGUUGAUGAGAAGAAGGAUGAUGGCUACACUGCAUUGCACCUGGCAGCACUCAAUAAUCAUGUUGAAGUAGCAGAACUGCUCGUUCAUCAGGGCAGUGCAAACUUGGACAUCCAAAACGUGAACCAGCAGACGGCUCUGCAUCUGGCUGUGGAACGUCAGCAUACACAGAUUGUCAGGUUGUUAGUCCGUGCAGAGGCCAAACUGGAUAUUCAAGAUAAAGAUGGGGACACUCCUCUUCAUGAAGCCCUCAGGCACCAUACUUUGUCUCAGUUACGCCAGCUGCAAGACAUGCAGGAUGUAGGCAAGGUGGACACUACAUGGGAACCAUCAAAGAACACUCUUAUCAUGGGACUUGGAACUCAAGGUGGAGAGAAGAAGAGUGCAGCAUCCAUAGCCUGCUUCCUCGCUGCUAACGGAGCUGACCUCACCAUGCGCAAUAAAAAAGGCCAGUCUCCUCUCGAUCUGUGUCCGGACCCCAGCCUCUGCAAAGCCCUAGCUAAAUGCCACAAGGAGAAAUCAAGUGGUCAAGUAGGAUCUCACAGUCCAUCUAUGGUUAAUAAUGACUCGGAGACCCUGGAAGAAUGCAUGGUGUGUUCUGAUUUGAAACGAGAUACAUUAUUUGGUCCAUGUGGCCAUGUAGCAACCUGUUCAUUAUGUUCUCCACGAGUGAAGAAAUGCCUCAUUUGCAAAGAUCAAGUACAGUCUAGAACUAAGAUAGAGGAAUGUGUUGUGUGCUCGGACAAAAAAGCAGCUGUACUCUUUCAGCCAUGUGGACAUAUGUGUGCCUGUGAAAACUGUGCAAGCCUUAUGAAGAAGUGUGUUCAGUGUCGUGCUCUGGUUGAACGAAGAGUGCCUUUUGCUAUAUGUUGUAGUGGGAAGGGUGCAGAAGAUGUCACUGAUGACAUUGCAGGGGGAAACAUCCCAGCUUUACAGAAGGAUAAGGACAAUACUAAUGUCAAUGCAGAUGUGCAGAAGCUGCAGCAACAGCUUCAAGAUAUAAAAGAGCAGACCAUGUGUCCUGUCUGUCUGGAUCGGCUCAAGAAUAUGAUCUUCAUGUGUGGACAUGGAACCUGUCAGCUCUGCGGCGAUCGGAUGAGUGAAUGCCCCAUUUGUCGGAAGGCCAUUGAACGAAGAAUCUUAUUGUACUAGUCCCACAAUUGCUUGUUUUUGUAGUAUUUGCUUUCUGUACAUAAUUUUUAGUACUCUGGGGUUAUUAGCGCAAGCUGCAUUUGCUGUUGAUUGGUUUGCUGCAGAUGGGUAUGCUUGAUCUUGCCACCUUAUAUUCUUAGACAUUUCUGUGUACUGUGUUUUAUCUGCAAAGCACUUGUAUUUUUCUGUGCUAUUUAAUACUGGAAAAAAAAUUAUUCAAAUCGCACUGGUUUAGUGUGGUUGGUAAUAAAGCAGUGGCAAGAGCAACUAUACUUUUUAUAGUGCAAAAACUUAUUAUUAUUAUUAUUUUUAUUUAUUUUUUUAACGGUUGGUCAUGUGCACAAUUAGCGGACAUUGUCCCACAAGUGCCCAGAAAUUGAAAUGCUUAGUAGUAGGCCUGCUGGUGGUCCUUGGACCAGAGAUUGUAUUUGCUGCAUUAGAGCUUUAUUUUCAUUAAAGGAAGUAAUAGAAUUUCUUUUAUUCAUUUACAGAUACAGUAUGUCAUGUUAGGAGAGAGAAUCUGAGAUGUUGUGCAGAAGGCAGAACAAAGAAGCUAACUUGAUGUCUUUUCUGAUACUGAAUAAUAAUGAAUGUAAACCUUACAAGUGCCCCAAACCACCACGCUCAGUACACUACCAGUGUGUCUGCUGGAUUUUGAUCACUGGACACCAUUAUUAUUUUUUUUCCAUUUUGCUUUUUUUUUUCAGUUUUAUGUUAGAAUAUAUUUAUGGUAAGUGAUCCUUUAAUGUUCCGGAAGAAGUUCUCCCACUAAGGAUUUGUUCCUCCACAACUCCUGUGUCAUUUUGUAUAUGUAGGUGAGCAGCACAUCUAGUGGGGCCAAGUUUGCCUCUUGAGCAGUGACUUGGCAGUUUGCUUUUUGUGCUGGAGAUGCAUACUGGUCAACACAAGACAGACUGGAUGGACAAUUUUGCUUUGUAAUUUUGAAGAACCUUUUGUCAUUCAUUGAUUAGUUCUUAUAAUAGUGUAUGUGCAUAUAUAAUCGCCGGUAGAGACCUAAUCUGAAUGCUUAAUCUAAAUAUGUUUUAAAAGGAAAAGUAUUUUUUUCACAGCUCCUGUCUCUUAUAAGUAACAUGGUUGAAAAGGCAUAUAUGGUGCAGCAACGUUCUAGCUAUAUGUUUGGGCACAGAUCUGAAUGGGCCUCUAGCUUUAUACAUGUCAAGGCGUCAUGCAACCAGAAUUUGUGGGUUAUUUC